AUGAAUCGACGUUUCAGUUCUAUUAAGUCUAUAACCCACUUACUUAUCCUGAUGGUUAUGAUGUCAUCGACGUUAGCAUUAACUGCAAAUUCUUUAAGAUUGAAACCGGAGGAUGUAAUUUCAUCUUAUCGCUCAAAUCGCCAAAAGUUAGCCCCAUUAAUUUAUGGUACUUUAGGAAAAUGCGUCAAUAUGCCAAGUAAAGCCACUCAAUUUUGCUCAUCGAGCUACAUGAUACCGGAAGUUUCAGCAACUAUGGCUGCUGGAAUGGCGCAUGAAAUGAAUCUGUCUAUGGCAAUGAUAUUUAACACUAAUCCUACAGCGACUUGUCGUAAUAAAGUUGCAGAUGUUGCUUGCAGGUCAGCUUUCCCAAAAUGUGAUUCAAACGCAAAGACGGUAAGCUUUGAUGUGCAAGAUGGAGAGUGUCUUAGAACAAUUAAUGAAUGCCCACUUGCCAUUAAAUUAGUCCUUCAGCAACAACGAUAUUGCGAUUUAAGUAUACGUAGAACGAAAAAAUUGGGUAUUUGUGUUAAACCUAAAGUAACGGCUUUAAAAAAUUGUCCUAAAUCGCAAGCUGAUGUAGCAGUACCAGAUUGGCUAUCUCAUGAUUUGCAAUUUCAAGAUAAUACCAUCACUGUUGCUCAGGCCAUGUUAAUUGCUGCUAAUGUUAGUCAAGAGUGUACAAAACAGAUAGGCUAUUUCCAGUGUACCGGUCAGCCAUUUUGUGCAAAUGACAAAAAAACGGUCGUUAGCUAUGGCAGUAAACAACGAUGUUUGCAAGCGAUGCAAUGCUUACCGCCGCCGAUGCGAAGUGCUCCACAAACAUAUGGUUUCUGUGGCCUCUUCGUUGAUGAGACCGAAGCUGAAGUGUAUACGAAUUCAGCAAGUCGCGUGAUGAAAAAUUCUUUGGUUGUGGCGUUAUCAUCUAUACUUGUAUCUUUAUGGGGUGUUUUGCCACCAACUGAUUAA